GUCGUGGUGUUUCCAAGUACGUACGUCGUCUGAGCUCGUCGGCCAGGGGACGACGCGCGAAGCAACAUGUCGGCAGCCCAGGUGCUCACGCGAUACCUGAAACGCAACUCGCGUCGCCUGUCGCGGGAGAGCUGCCGGGAAUCGACGUCACUUCUCACGGAAUACGACGACCAGAUUCGCCAUUUUGUCAAGAUAGUGGCCGACUUCACGCAGCAACUCUCCAAGUUGCACUCCCGCCAUGCCGAGGAACUGCAACUACUCGUCGAGGCAUUCCGGAAGCGGAACUCGGAAUUACGAAAGGAACGGCCUCCGUACCACAGUAGUCUCUUCAGCUGUUGGGAAGUGCUUCUUCAAGAAGUUGAAGUCGACUCCCAGGUGCACGGCGACAUUUCGCGCUGCUUGUCCCAGCACAUGGGCGUGAUGCUGCUGGAGAAGACCUUCCACCGAAAGGCGCAGUCGCGGAAGGUCUUCCUGCACCGAGAGAGCUUCGAGAACAUCCUCGUGAAGGCCGAAGAACUGCUAAACAAGUGCCAGGGCGAGUACGCCGAGGCGUACCGGGCGGUGUGCCGCCGAGGCUGCACCGACCUGACGGCCGCUCCGUUGGACCAGCCGUCGCCCCUGAGCGCGUCCGAGGAGCAGGCGGCGCUGUCCGCCUACUACGACUGCCACAACGCGUACGUCCAGCAGCUGGCCGCCACCAACGGCAUGCUGGACGAGUACUACAGCUCGACGCUGCCCCGCCUGCUGGACGAGCUGCAGGACGUGUACUGCGACAUCAGCACCAUCAUAGCGCAGUCCAUGCUGGCCGCCUCGGAUGUCCUCGCAAACAAGGCUCGGGAGCAGGCGGAUCACUACGAGGCAGUGGGCUCGUCGUGCCGCGCCGUCAACGCGCGCAGUGACCUGGCUGGCUUCGUGCGAACGCUCUGCAGCACGGAUCCGCGCAACCCGACCGGAAGUGGCACAAUUCCGGCCACGCCCCCUCGGCACCCCUUCGUUCCGCCCAGGGCUGACGAUGAAUCCGUGUCCUCAGGGGACUCUCAGUUGCAGCAGCCCACCCUUGGGGAGCAGGUGAUAGUGGACCGGCUGGCUUCGCUGUCGGUGUCUUCGCGUUCCGAGAGCCUACGGCAGGACGUGGCCCAGCUCGAGGUGCAGGUGCGACAGCAGCAGGACACGCUCGACGCCCUGCUCAGGAUGCAGCAGAGGAGCUUGGAAUCAAGCCUUUACAACAAGGCCAAUGAACUUCAGGAGGACAUUAGUAUGAAAAGGUUUGAUCUCCAUGUGGCACAGAUUCACCUCGCAGCUGUCAAAGCCCAGUUCGCUCUGUUCCGGGGCAAGGAGGUAGAGGCGGACGGGGAGGAACGCAACUGCCGCGAGCGCAAGGCGUCUACCGCGGUGCCGGCGGUCACCGGCACCAUCAAGAACAAGUGGCUCAAGGCUUUCCGAAGCCUCAAGACCGGCAGCGGGGCCUCGGACAAGCCUGAUGGGUCGGACCGGAAAGGAAGCCACGCUGCUGGCGGCCCUGGUGGCGCAGGUGUGUCUUGGGACACGGGUCAACACGUGUUCCAGGAGUACACGUACAAAAAGGUGACCGCGUGCGACGUGUGCCGCGAAAUACUGCGCGGGCACGUGCGCCAGGGGCUCAAGUGCAAGCUGUGCAAGUUCAACGUGCACGCCGAGUGCCAAGACAAGGCCAGUCGGUGCCAGCCCAAGCCCAGACUUCUUCGAAGACAGCGGUCAGCAUCAGAAAUUGAGACAAAGAUAAUCCCAGCCGAACCUGAGGAAGAAAAGACGCCCAGCGCCACGCCGGAUGCGGUGGACCCCAUCUACCAGCUGCUGAAGCAGGCAGGCGACCUGGGCGGAUCGUCCCGCCGGGAACGUGGAGGGGGUGGCAUCGAAACCCCCUCGGCGCUGUCCCGGCUCGGACCUGGCGCGGACCGGGACGGCGGCGGAAGCAGUAGCGUCUCGUCCAGCGCGGCGUCACUGCAACAGCGCCGGCCCCGCUCGAACGCAUCGUCCUCGGCCUCUUCCUCGUCCUCACAUAUGCUCACCGUCUCCUCGCAUCAGCACCAUCCGUCGUCCUCUGCCCGUUGGAGACAGAUAGUAUCAGCACCUCACAGUCCCCAACGCAAGAAGUUGUCUCUCCGUAUGAAGAGUCUCUCCCUGGACAGCCCUGAGUCGAACGAGCACGCACAUCGUCGACGACAACUCACAGCUCCCCAAAGUCCGGUGCACGGUCGAAGGCAGCUCCUGAGCGCCAAAGCGGUGCGCAUGAGUUCGGUCGAUCUGCCCGACGACAACGAGAAGUCACUCAGCAGCGCCUCUACGUCACCCUGUCCUUCCCCAAAACCCCAUCGCCUGCUACCUACCAACCUCUACGUAGUGCUGUACAACUUCAGGAGUCGACAUCAGGACGAGCUCGAUCUCAAGGCUGGUGAUACGGUGACUGUGAUCGAUACCACAGACCCAGAUUGGUGGCAGGGCAAGUGCCUGGGCCGUGUGGGCUUUUUCCCGUCCAAGUACGUGGCCAAGCUCCAUUCGGGCGAACGGGCUCUGCAGGUGCUGCACUCCAUACAGGUCAUGGACGGGCAGGAACCCGUCAAGCUGCUGCGUGAUCAGAUCGUGAUCCAAGUGGCCGACGAGAUGGACGGCAAGGUGUUGGUGCGCACGGGGCUCGGCGACAAGGCGCUGCCUUGCCCACUGAAGUACCUACAGGAAGUGUGAACUAUUUCAUCCUCUGCCACGCGCUUCCGCUCCACCGGAUAUGACGGUGGUGGUGGCGCGGGAAGGAGAGUGAUACCUUCCGGGAAGCUACGCGAGUCACCAUCGUCGCCAACUUCCUUUCUCUCGCUCUCCGUGUACUUCCUCCACACAACCCCGGAAGCAUCAUCUGCAGUCGUUCAAGCUCGGCGACACGGCGGGGGCGAUCGUGACCGAACUGAUGGACGCAGUCGCCGUACCCGAUCAGUGCGCACGUUGAAGGCAUCUUCUUCAUUUUCCAGUUGUUUUUUAUUCAAUUCCCGAUUGUGUUUGCGUGCGGAUUUGCUCGGAAUGAAUCGCCAACGCUAUAUGCUCGACGUUCGUCGACUCAGGAGAAUGACCAUGUCCACGGAUAAGAUGUUAGGCCUAACGGUGAAGAUGUUCGGUCUAAUGGUGAAUUCGUUAGGCCUAACGGUGAAGAUGUUAAUCCUAAAGAGAAAAAAAAAACGCGCAGGGAGUGGACUAUGGUGCAACGCUGUUUUGCAGGUUGUGAUGGUUGUUGUCUUCUGAGAAGGUGUAACUGAUCCAACCGUUCUUUUUUUUUAUCUCAGUGAUUUGCUUCGUUACCACUGACUUCUCUGUAACGCUUCUACAUCUUCCCUUUUUAUCCGCGUACGAGCGCGCAUUCCAGUCCUUUAUUUCUAGCGGUGAGAGCAGUUAGCUGUUGCGUGGCUCGCACUGUUGAAGCAACAUCACUGCGAUUUCAGCGCAAGCCAAAUCGGCGUGACAAAGUGCGCCACGUUCGAAAAUCGGGGAUAUCUCCAAAUUUUUAUACAGUGGCGUUUAUACCGCAUUCUGAGUUGCGCAGACAUUGGCGCGUUUCACUCGCUAAUGAAAAGCACGACUUAUUUAACCGUCCGUUCCCAUAAGCACUCUCGGCGAAAGCCGCAGGUGGGGCUGCGCACGCUUGACCACAUUCGCUGAAAUUAUGUUGCUUUGUCUAUCGACUUAAAGAACUGGAAUGCAGUUCAGUGAUACAUGUCACCACACUACGCACUGUGACAGCCGGUGGCAUUGCAUAUGUGCAUCCUUCUGAUGACGUCAUUUAUUUUUGACAUUUUCGUUCUCGUCUUUUACACUCCUGUUACGGCACUCUUUGACUCGCGCUGUAGAUGCACUGCACUGCUGUUUGCUGAAAAGUUUACCGUAUUUCUCUUGGUAAUGAAUACUUUUUUUUACUAAGAAAGCAAGUCAUACUAGAGUAAAGCGGUGCAGUACUGGCAAGCAGCUGUAGAAGUUUGUCCUUCAGCAAACACUGCAAUGGUCAGCAAGUUCUAACACAUUUAAGCUCUGUGUCUACGAAAUGUUAUACGUUUAUCCAUGGACACCUGCGUGCAAAAUUCCGAGGCUAUUCUUUUUUUCUUUCGUGCAGGUGAAAGGAACCAGUCAGAAACCGAGCCCACGUACAUGGGUUUUAGCAACAAUAUUGCUAGCAGCUACUGCAAUCUUAGUUAAGAAGUGCGGUAUACAAAAUACCAUUGCAUACACACACACACACAUAGCAGCCAAAUUUGCGGCAAAAAAAAAAGCAAUUCUACGCCCCUUCUCACGUGGCUUCAGUUUAUAUUUCAGUGACGCGUGAGCGCCAUAUUUUACCUGUCACGUGAAUAGAAACUUUCGAACUGUUUUGCGGUCGAAACAACGCCGACAUUAGGCCCAAUUAACACACUCAGUGACGCAACACAAGAACGGCACAGCUCGCAGCGAAACGUAAGAGCACAGGCAAUUUGACCUCUUAUAGUAAGGACUAAAGACAGGCAACGCGUUUACUACCGAAUUCGUUGCUGUUGCCAGUACUGGCACCGUAAAUGUCGCGCACGAGUUUAGUCGCGCCGUCUUUGCUUUACUGGGCACAUCUGUGAACCUUAAGGCUCAUUCGCACCUGCGACGUGCACCGGACGCACGACUAUUUGCGCCUGGCGCCCAAAAAAGCGACUCAAGGCGACUGACGUUCACACCUGCGCCUCGUGGGAUUCACGUAUGCUCGCAUAUGGCUCGCAUUGCCAUUGGCCCGUAAAAUAACCUGACGUCAUGCUGCUGCGCAUGUGAUUGGUUCAGACGUGUGCGAAUGCAGUCGCGCGACUGAAAAAUCGAGCAGCGAGCGAUUGAGCCGAGCUGUGGUCGCAAAGCGACCAAAGCGGCCAAUGGCGACCAGUCGCUUCGCGACUAACUUGGUCGCGCGACCGGUUUUAUAGUCGCACGUGUGAACCAGCCUUGACAUGAUUAUCAGUGUUUAUCCGCACCUUGCCACUCUUCCUACGCACUGCGAUAAGCUUUUCUCAAUUCCUAUUGCCGUCUUCGCCGUUGUCGUCAAAUAGAUACGUUCUAAGUACAGUGGUCACAGAGAGCUUUAUUUCAUCCCUGGGUUUGUUUUUCGUCCGUUUAUUUCUUUCUUUUUUUUUUUCGUAACACCGCGAACCCACGCAGGCGACUGCCUCAAACCACGGUAGCCAACACCAACGUCUUCUCAAUCGUUCACCGCAGUGCUUGAAGCUGUUGGUUGGUGGUGGCGCUUUUCAAGGCGAAACCACUGUUCUCCGUCAUCCACGUAUAUAUUGACCCAAACGCGUCGCUACUUAUAGGCAUUGAUUAGAAGUAGUCGGUGAUUGCACGGGUGCAAUUUGCGUAGGUCGCAUUGACCGUGCUCAGUGAAACGUUUAUUGCCGAUCCUGCCAUGGACGCGAUUUCGUCGAAAGCAGUGGAAGUGUCGCUUCGGAAAACAACUCCUCAAGCUAACUUGUUUCGGGCUGUGUUUAUUUCAUAUCGACACCGGGUGAGGCCGGUGAUCUACAGAGAGAAUAUCGGCUUUAGUGCAUACUUCCUUGUUCAUUUAUUUAUUUACUUGAAAGCAAACAAAUUCGAAUUCAAUUAAGUUUACUUAGUGAGACUAGAUAUUUGUAAUACGUAUGCUUGAUACCAGCGCUGUUCAGUACUUCUUAAAAAAAAUCCCGGCUGAUCCCACGAAUUGUGAGAAUCGGUUUCAUGCGAAACAGUCAGCGAGUAGCUGCCUCCAGGCAGCUACUCGCUGACUACUUCGAAUGCCUCGCUGACUGCAGAAAAAAUGCAGGAUAUAUGCUGCAUUUUUUUGGCUACAAGCCAAGCGUUACGAGGUGGAUCGACGUGCUUGUGUAUAUGGAGUAGUGUUCAUAUUGUGGGCUUACCAGGCAUGUCGACUACACUGGCGCUUGAAGGGUAGAUUAUGACCGAGGUUUAUUAUUAGUUCCAGCCAAAGCGUCACUUCCUCUGCUCGACUUAUGUAGUCACAAGAUAUCUUACGGGAGAGCAAACUAGUUUGUUUCGCACUACAGUGGCGUUUCCUGGUACGUUGUAUAAAUCGAUGUUGUCGUAUACAUAAAAGAGAUACUGCGCCGAGUACGUAAGCUAGUUUGACAAAUGAUGAGGGCUUAUACGACUGUUGAAGAGGGUUUUUUCGAAGGUUGUUCUUGUUGUGAGCUAAGUCAUAUUGCAUAUACUAUAACAAACGAGCUCAAGACUGGCAUAAGCUGCUUGCUUCCGAGUACUUUGGUAGUUCCGUGUCGCGAUAUCAAGGUAAAGGCGGCCGAUAAGUUGAGAUGGCUGCGCAUUCAAGCCCCCAAGUCGCGGCGUUAAAUAUAUCGUUACAGUUAUUUUAAAGUAAGAACUCUACAGGUAUACGUGAGUUUUGAGAUCGUUUCAUUUACACAGGGAGCGCCGUUUACGAACAUAGUCAGUUACAAAUGUGUUGAAAAAAAUUGCGGGCAGUGAACAGCCGCAUUGGUCAGUCACAAAAUUCGGUCACGAAAUUUGGCCACGAACCCCGGCACACACAUUGAUUUUAUUUACAAUACCUCCAGUUUCACUUUGAGACCAUAACAGGUGGGCAUAAGAUUACACAUAAAUAGCUGUUUGACGUACACAUGUAUAACAGUUACCAAAAUCUGAAGCACGACCAACAGUUGUAGUCAACAACAGUUACAGUAGCACGUUCAAGCUAAACAAGUACAAAAAAUAUGUGACCAUGUAAUAUAGUUUGUGAAUAUGUUAGUAUAACAAACAGGUUUAAUGAUAUAUUGACUAUUAAAAAGGGACAAGUCUCAAAAAUAGUACAUUUCAUGUUACCAUUGAGUAUCCAUGGGUAUUACAGUGUCGCAAAAAAUAAAUACAACAAAGAAGUAUUAGCUGUAGUUCCGACAAUGAAAGUCAUGACAAUUACACACAAAUUAAAACUUUUUCCUAACAACCUAAAUCGUCUGCCAAUAACUUAACAAAUUAAUAAGCGACAAAUGUGUAAAUGUGCUAUGGUCUUUAAUGACUGAGCCUCAUAAACAAAUCGUAAAUUCAGCACUUGAAAUCUGCAUACUUCAGUGAUAGAGCUACAUGUGGAAUGUGGCUUUCUAGUCUCUCCUGUGGGGUGUGCAAAUUUUUUUUUAUUUGCACCCAUUCUCAUACAUACGUGGAAGGUAGGAUAGCACGGAAAUACACUCUUCCUCAUUUCGAAGUGGAAACCCAGUCGGGCAGCACCAAGCAGCUAUGCCGGCCUUGCCAGAUGUAAAUACCUUGUACAUUCUGCUGCACCGUGAUUUUUUUCUUCUAACAUUGACGCACCACGCACUGAACUUAGUGAGACUCAAGAGAAACGUUGACAAUGCGCGCGCGUCGUUUGAACUCAUAACACUGCGGAGACACGGUUACUUGAUCGAGUUAUUCGUAGACUGUUUUAUCGUACCUCGUUGGACGUUCGUGAAAGGAUCCGGUAGAGGGAUGCGUGUCUGGUCACACACACACACACACCGCACAUAUCAUAGUUCGAGAGCUCUCGUACAUCGUACGAGGUUAUACUUUUAUGGCAACUCGAUCGAUGUUAGUUGUUUCGAUCGUUUACUGCAACGACGCGUAUGACUGCGCAAAUAGAGCAAGUUUGAAAAUAUUGCGCGGAAUACGAAUGCUUGAAGCCGAAAACAGAUCGCUUCAGAAAAUAAAUGCCAGGUUUGUCGAAAACAGAACGCAUCCUCUCUCAGAUAUUGAGCUGUGAAUAAAACGUUCAUGUAUUUGAGUAAGUGUGCUCGCGCUUCUCGCCGCUUAAAACAUCUUUUUCUUUCGUCUAAGCAGCGAGGAAAGAACUAUUAGACUUUCAUAUAAAAACAAAAGAAUCAUGUGUUGCGGAGAUAGUUUCCAUCACAGAAAUCUGAGAAUAGUGAGUGCAAUAAAAAUGAAUGUACAUGCUCUAAAAUUUCAGUAUGAAGAAUCGUGACCACAUUGCAAUGCGUAAGCGAUGCGUUGUAAUCGAAAACGCUGUAAUACCUGUGUUUGACAGAGCAAUGGAAAAACUUCAGGCCUCGCAAGACUACGAUAGAGUAUGAACUAAAAGAAUAACGCGAUCAGUCAAUAAUCAGUGCUUUCUUUUGCUUCUGAAGUGUUGGUUUUCACUGACUUGGUUAUAUGUUACGAAGUCCUAAGUCAAGUACUUAUAAAACACAGUAUUUUCUAUUAUCUCAUUCUCUUGUUCCCGUGUAUUUUUCUUCCUUUUUAUCAUGCCCCGAGUUGUUCGAAUGACGCUUGAUGUAUAUAUGGUUGUGUUUGUGUGUUCCAAUACUUCCACUGUUGUUCGAUCACCACUUAAAGCCUCGUUCAUUUUUUUUUUCUUGGUUACGUUAUGUUUCUACUGUUUCCAUGUAGAGGCUUCCUCGGGUGGCCUUGGUUUUGACUGUCACGCACCGAACGACGCGACAAUGAGUCCCAUCGAAUUUUCAUGUACAUUUCGCCAACUAAGAAGUUUCCGAGACUGCUGUUUUCUUUUUCUUUUUUUCUGAACUAUGUUGUGUACCUACUAUCAGGGGCAGCUAAAACCUUUCGACAAGCUAUAGCUUGUCAAUGAUAACUAUUCCUUUUGCUGAGAAAAAAUACAAAUGCCUAGAAGCAUUUUCAUAGCACAGACUCUGUACUGGUGACUUUUCAUACGAUAACCACGCGUCACGUAAGUGCAGGGGACAGCGGAGGCUCGAUGUGAUGAGCAAUCGUUCAACAGGGAAUGCCGCUGUAGCCAACGACGUUUAGGCAAAGAUGACUUUGCUCUUCUUCAGGGUAGGAACCUGACGAAGACAACGUAGUUUUACUGUUAUUAAGGUGAAUAUGCUGUUUGUUGUUGUUGCUAAAUAGUGUUCAUCCUUUGUUGUUUUGUUGCUGCCUGUAAAACGGGGCCGUGGGCCACGUCAUGACUUACUGGCUUUUUGUCCACGGUCCUCAACAUCGGUUGUAUGUUGAAAUAAACUUGAUUUGAUAUGAUUUGAAAUAUUAUUGUCGAAACGUUCGCUCCAGCGAUAGACAUUCCCUGUUGGACGAUUUCUCGAUAACAUUACGCGACAGUUCCCGCUGGAACUCGGCUAAUUGUGUUUGCCCAGCUUGCCUGAAUUCAAGCUGGUACAGGUUUCAAGCUUUAGCGGUUACCGUGAGCCAACCUCGCAAUUUAACUAGUCUGAGCGUUGCGCUUUGCCAUUGUACGUACAUUUAUCGAAUCGUGACAGUGAUCUUGGACUAUUUAGGUUGCCUCUACAGCUAGUUGUCGAUUUCAUCGAAAUUUCCUUACGUUUCUCAGAAAAUUCGGUAAAUCUCACGACCCGCGCAGGUGACCUGUGAACCGCGCCCAGACACGACGGGAAGUGACGUACGGGAAGCUUUUGAAAGCGUGAUUCACAAAGCAGCGCAAUUUAGAUCGAGAGUGUUACGUUUAAAGGCCAGAAACGCUUUCACAAGUCUAUCUAGAGGUUCGGGUUGUGAACACGUGUAGCUAAUAAAAUAGCAGUACAAAGAGACAUUAGAAGAAGAAAAGAUAAGCGCGUGUGUUAACCAACUUCUUUGGAGUCGAGAGUCGCACAGUCGCUAUUUUUGUAUAGAACUUCAGAAAAAAUCAUUAUCGAUAACGUGUGUUGUGCACGUACGUACAAGUGCAGUGAAGUGGUCCCAGUGGUAUAAUCCCUUUCUGCCCCAUUCAGAGCUUGGUAUUGCCAACAGCUAUAUAGUCUUGUCUAUUUGUCGAGCGUCGUCAGCUCUUUCGGGUGUACUUAUAACCAUUCAAGCGUCGAUAAACGACUAGGACGAAUGCAGUAAACGCUCAGUGACGUACGUACAGAUCCUUGCAGUUAGAUAGAACCAGUCGUGUACAGAAUGAAGUCUAACGACCAAACGAUCCACUUAGGUAUUACAAGAUUAGAUGAAGUCGAGCUAGUAAAACGCGUUAGGGGCCACAACACAAAACGACCGUCUGCUAAACGAGGACGACAUGUUGGUUCUUUCGUUUUGUUAACCUACGAUUACGUAUCUGCCUUUAUCGCCGUCUGAUUAACGCCCUGUUCGUAGGUUCACGAGCGAGUCACGUUGUGCGCAUGCGCAGACAGGCAGCACGUGACAAACACGUAACAUAGUGGGAUGUAUAGAAACGUGCUUAUCAAAAACGUUGUCAGGACUCGCCUCCCUUGAGCAUCGAGUUCGGGCAGCCAGUUGCAUGCGAGAUCCUGACGUCACAUGUCAUAAGAGUCGUGACGUCCGUAUGACUGGACGUCCUUCAGACAAGUGUCACCGUUUGCUUGACCCUGUCUGCCAGCAGACGGGCUUUAUAUAUAUAUAUAUAUUACGGUGUGAUUUUGCACACGUCACACAUGUACUGCGUACACGAACCACACGAUCUCUGUAGUUCGCACACACUGUUUUUUUUUUUUUCGCUGCCAUGUUCUUGACCUUGUAGGUGAUGUCUUGACCACACGUGCACAGCGUCAUAUGUAGCCUGAAAAAAAAAAAAACCCUGCUUCUCUUCCACAGGUUCAUCGUAUCGUAGAGUUAAGCGUGCAUAAAAAGAAACUCUCUGCCAAAGAUGGGAAAGUGAUUUUUGGAUGAGAGAUACGUGAAGAUGUUCUAUUCACUGUUUCGUCGCGGUUGACUGCUUGACGACGACGUACCGCGGAGUCAUUGACCUUUUAAGAAAAAAAAAAGUAUGAAUAAUAAAAACAG